AUGAUCUCGUACACAAGAUAUUUAAUUGUAGUCCAAUUUCAUUCCGCUGAGGUUGAACCGGAGCCCAUUGAUGAUACAUCCCGUAUUGAAAUUCAAAUGCGUCGGCGGGCAUUCUGGGUGGCCUACGGACUGGAUCGCCUGGCUUGUGGCGUCCUGAGGAUUCCUCUUUCCAUAGCAGAUGACAAUAUCACUGUGCCCACCAUCGCCACUGAGGCGUCUCUUGUGGAGAGCGCAAAUAGUGACGCCGGGCGUAUAAUCACCCGUAUCACCAAGGAUGCAGCUGACGACAUUCGUAGCAAGUUGGCCAACGUCAAGUCCAUGGUGCUUAACCGUGAGAUUAUCCGCAUGGUACGGGAGAUGAUUACAGAAGAUCUUCCUGAAGAUGCAGACAAGACACCAACUGAAGCGUUUCAAAUCUCGGUGAAAAGGUCAAUCUGGAACCUACAUUUUCAAGCUACGGCAACAGUACACUAUCAUAUCAGUUCUUAGGUCUAUACUUCUCGAACAAUCCAUCUUCUAGUGAGAUUGGAACACUUUUAAUGGGACAGACACUCGAAUUUCCAAAUACUCUUCCUGGAUACGAUGUGUAUUAAGACUUUGACACCUUUCGGAAGAAUCCAUGCAGACCACAUUAACGGCUGAAGUCGGCCAUAACAUAUGCUUAAAACAUUUACCAAAUAUGUGUCAACAUCUAAUAACAUGACUAUAU